GCAGGCGCUGGGCGGGGCGGGUGGGCCGUGGGCGCGCUCUCCAUGAGGUGUAUGUCCGGGCUCAGAGCGCUGCUGGGGCUGGGGCUGCUGGUUGCGGGGUCGCGGCUGCCGCGAAUUGGAAGCCAGGCCGGCACCUGCCACUCAGGACGCGCCUGGUGGGGACCGCAGCGGCUGAGCUCGGGUGGCCGCGGGGGCUCAGAGGUCAUGGCGAGCCCAGCGGUGAAGUACCUGAGCCAGGAGGAGGCCCAGGCCGUGGACGAGGAGCUAUUUAAGGAGUACCAGUUCAGCGUGGACCAACUUAUGGAGCUGGCUGGGCUGAGCUGUGCCACAGCCAUUGCCAAGGCAUAUCCUCCCACAUCCAUGUCCAGCAGCACCCCUACUGUUCUGGUCAUCUGUGGCCCAGGAAAUAACGGAGGAGACGGCCUGGUCUGUGCCCGACACCUCAAGCUCUUUGGCUACCAGCCAACUGUUUAUUACCCCAAGAGGCCCAACAAACCACUCUUUGCUGCAUUGGUGACUCAGUGCCAGAAAAUGGACAUCCCUUUCCUUGGUGAAAUGCCCUCAGAGCCCACAAUGAUUGAUGAGCUGUAUGAGCUGGUGGUGGAUGCCAUCUUUGGCUUCAGCUUCAAAGGUGAUGUUCGGGAGCCAUUCCGCAGCAUCCUGUCUGUCAUGAAUGGACUCAGUGUGCCCGUUGCCAGCAUUGACAUUCCUUCAGGAUGGGAUGUGGAGAAAGGAAACUCUGGAGGGAUCCAGCCAGACAUGCUCAUCUCCCUGACGGCACCCAAAAAAUCUGCAACCCAGUUUACUGGUCGCUACCAUUACCUGGGAGGCCGUUUUGUGCCACCUGCUCUGGAAAAGAAGUACCAGCUGAAUCUGCCAGUCUACCCUGACACUGAGUGUGUGUAUCGUUUGCAGUGAAGGUGGUGGGUGGGCAUUCUUCCCAAUAAAGACUUAGUGCUUCUCUCCCAGAAAACAGUGGAGUCCAGGAACUGUUAAUAAAGGUUAGUGGGUGGCAGGAGCCAGAGGACAACA